AUGAAUCUAUUUGCAGACUCUUAUAAGGCACUACGUAAAUCGCAUUGGUCUGCCUUUUCCGAAGUAUUGUCGAAGAUAACCAACGCACUGAUACCGCUGUAUUUUCCGCUUUACUUUGCUGGCUCUCCAGAAAAUCACAAUCAGACGUUGAUUCAUGUCAAUACAUUACGAACACUAUUUGAGAGCUAUUAUCAUCGGAAUGAGGAAAAGGGUAAUCUGGUUUGUGAUAAAGAGUUAGGAAUGUCCCUUGAUGAUCUACUUCAUGCUGAUGAGCGAGGACGUUGGUGGGUCGUUGGAUCAGCAUAUCGAGUAGCCAGCGAAAGUGGAACUGGGGGAAGUAACGUUGGUGCCUCGACGCCAAGUACUGGUUCCUUCCCCGAGGAGAUAGUGCAACUUGCUCGACGGGCCAAGAUGAAUACGGAUGUCCGAAGAAAUAUUUUCUGCACCGUAGCUACGUCCGAUGACGAAGAUACGGCUUUCGAGCGCCUCGUUCGCCUAUCCCUGAAGGGACAACAAGAACGAGAAAUCAUCUAUGUGCUGAUCAUGAUGUCACUAAAAGAGAAGAACUUCAACCCUUUUUAUCCGAUGCUGAUUGCGCGGUUUUGUGAUUUUGAUAAGCGUUUUGUGCUCACUACACAGUAUGCGUUAUGGGAUCGUAUCCGAGAAGUGGAUGCACUGAAACUGCGAGCUCGAACUCGUUUAGCCGAUUUGAUUCACCAUCUGAUUUUAAAUGAGGUCUUGCCCAUCACUGUUUUGAAGGUGGUGGAGUGGGGAACGUUGACAGCUGGGGUGUCCUCUGUGGUUCGCAGAAUCUUCAAACUGCUGUCAUCUUCCUCCAUAACAAAAGUUCGUCGGAUUUUCAGUCCGUUACUUGUUAAAGAUAAGAAUCAGUUGUUAACAGAGGGCUUACGAUUGUUCUUAAGCGUAAAUUUCCCUGAUAGUGAAGUUUAUACGAAGAUUGAGGAGUCAUUCUUUGCUAGUUAG